GUCCGGUGGUGAUCGGACACAGCGGAUCACCGAUCAAUGGAAAGAGCCAAAGACAUCGGCUCUGUCAUGUGAUCAGCUGUGUCCAAUCACAGCUGAUAACAUGACAGUGAUGAUCAGUGUGCCCUGAUGAUCAGUGUAGCCCCAGCAGUGCCUCCUGUCAGUGUCCAUCAAUGCUAGCUGUCAGUGCUCAUCAAUGCCACCUGCCAGUGCCCAUCAGUGCCACAUCAAUGACACAUAUCAGUGACUACCAGUGCACAGCAAUGCCUUUCAGUGCCAGUCAGUGCCACCUAUCAAUGCCAGUCAGUGUCACCUAUCAGUGCUGUCUAUCAGUGUGCAUCAGUGCCACCUAUCAGUGCCCAUCAGUGCUGCCUAUUAGUGCCGCAUAACAGUG